UCUAAAGCGCCCAGCGCUCGCCUCCCGCUGCCGCACUUUCACUCUCGGUCCACCUCGGUGUCCUCUUGCUGUCCGGCUCUGCAGCCUCCGGCGCGCCCUCCCGCCCACGCCAUGGACGCCAAGGUCGUCGCCGUGCUGGCCCUGGUGCUGGCCGCGCUCUGCAUCAGUGACGGUAAACCAGUCAGCCUGAGCUACCGAUGCCCCUGCCGGUUCUUCGAGAGCCACAUCGCCAGAGCCAACGUCAAGCAUCUGAAAAUCCUCAACACUCCAAACUGUGCCCUUCAGAUUGUUGCAAGGCUGAAGAACAACAACAGACAAGUGUGCAUUGACCCGAAAUUAAAGUGGAUCCAAGAGUACCUGGAGAAAGCUUUAAACAAGAGGCUCAAGAUGUGAGAGGUGUGAGUCAGACGCCUGAGGAACUUACAGGAGGAGCCUAGGUCUGAAGUCAGUGUUAGGGAAGGGCCCAGAGCCACUUCCUCUGCUCCUGAGCAGGGCUGAAGCCGUUUGCAAGGGACUUGCUUUGCACAGUUUUGCUGUACUUUCACAUUUUAUUAUGUAGCAAGAUACAUGGUGAUUUUUUUUUUCAUUUAGUCUGAUUUUCCAACGUCAUUGGUGACAGGCCAAGGCCACUAUGUUACCUCCUUUGUUCUAGUAUCCUUCCCUUGGAGGACCUUCUCUUAGUAGUGGCUCUCCAGGUUUGUCUCUUUGAGCUGAGGCAGGAGGCACCCUUUCUUCUGAAUAGGAACUGGGUGUCCCCACCCUCCAAGGACUGCAGGGCUUUCCCAAGCUGAGGCAGGAACAUGAGGCCAGGGAAGAGUGAGCUCCACCCUCAUCCCACGCUGUCCUCCUCAACCCACCAUGCUCAUCACUUUGUCUCAUCCAUCCAUCCAUCCAUCCAUCCAUCCAUCCAUCCAUUCAUCGCCAUGUGUCCGCAAGACUGUCUCCAUGACCCUGAAAAAGGACUCUCGAGAUGAAAUCCUUUAUUCAAAUGGGACAGCAAGAAGGAAAAGCCAAUGUCUGGUGUCUCUCCCCCUGCCCCUACCCUGCGCGCAUCUAUGUCUUGUUUGGAAUAUUGUCUCUUCAACCCCCUGCUCAUGUCCUUCUCAAUCAUGAUCGAUGUCUUGUCCGUGCACUGUCUCUAACCCAAAUGCAAAGGCUGAGUGUGAGGUGAUGGCCCCGAGGUCCAGGUUGUAGUCAUGGAAACAGCCCUGCUGUCUCCCUUCUCAUGGGGCCCAUUUUAGACACACAUAGCCCAAAGAAAGGUGGUUUGCAACAGUGCUUAGCUGGACCCUCCAUAUUUCCAUAACUGUUAGCUUAAAACUGUGGGGUUUUACUACCUUCCUGGAACCAAAUGCAUUCUUCUGUUGAGGAGUAACAGGUCUCAAUUCUUUUCAAUUAGUUUUAAAAGUCAAUGACUAAGAGCAUCGGCUUUGGGCCCUGAUGGGCAGGCAUUUCCCUGGGAAGGGGGUAAACUACCUACCUCUCCUCAGGACAGCCGAAGGGUGGGAUUGGUGCCGCUCUGGGAAGCGUGGCCCUGGGAGUUUUGUCCUCUGCAGUUUUUAAUGCAAGUUCACUGCCACUUUGACAAAAGCCCAGUUAGAAGCCAGUCUCUAGUUCCUCAAACAAUACAGACAGAGUAAGGAAAGGAAGGAGGGUGGCAGCCAGCUGGCUGGACACUCGAGAAAGACUCGGAAGUAAGCUACCGAAAGAUAGUCUUCAAAAACAGGUGUUUGAGAGUGAAUAAUCUGUAGAAUUGUUAGUGGGGUGUGUGUGGUGGGGGGAUUUCUACAAAUAGUCCUUUAAGUUGAGUUUACAGCAGAUGAAAAAAUCCAACAAGAUUUUAAUCAAAUUUGAACAAAAAACUAAAAAUGUUGAGUAGGGUGGAAGGAGGGGCACAGGGCUAGCUGUAAGAGCUGGAUCCUCAGGAGGACACCAAAUUAUUUUCAGCCCUGGAAUAGAAACCACACACUGGCUUGCUAUGCACUAGCCACUUUGCAUCUAAUCCAAGCUUUGAAGGGUGUUGCUUGGGAGGAAACAAAUACAGCCUUCCAUCUUCACUCCAGUUAGGGAUCCUUUCAAAGUCUCCUUCACAGGGAGGAAAAAGAAAGGUAGAAACUUUAGGGAGCCGGAUUUGUGUAUCAAUUCCUCUGCUGACAUUCAGUUUCUAGAUGGAGACAGCCUGCCUAAAGCAAAUUCGCAUUUAAAUAGGACAUUUACAUCGGAAAAGUCCCUCCCCACCUUAAUCCCCCAUUCUCUUGCUUUCAAAACACAAGCACAGCAGUCCUUGAAUGGCUGUUGACCCAGGGCACCUAGCUGUCCCUGCUGGUCCUGGGGCUGCCAGAAUUCCCUUGGGCGCCAAGUAACCUGCCAGGUAGCCAGUCCCUCUGUUACCAGCCUUUGCAUCUGGAUAGGGAAAGAGGGGUGGAAACAUACGGUCUGCGGUCUGCUUUGUGUUCAAACCCAGGUUUGUACCCUGUGUUUAUACACUGCUGCUGGCUCUUGAGGACAGUGGGACAUUAGCAAGGAACAUUGGCUGAUCAAGGCUUUGAGAGAGGGUUUGGAGGGCAAGGGGCUGCAUUCCUCUGAGGGACUUGGCCUGAGGCCUUAAGGCCUCCCCAGUGGGUUCUGUUCAUCUUCUCAUGGGUGAUUAUCUCAGUGGUGUCACCAGGGGCUUCCUCCCAGAAGUCAGUCAUCCCCAGGCCAUGCGCCCUUUUCAGCUGGAUGAGAGCCAGGGAUGCAUUCUCCCCAAACAGCUUCCCUGGCCCAUUUUAAGGUAAUCUCAUUCUUCAAAAUGUUCCAUAGAAUCCUCCAAAUUCCCCCAGCAGACUUCUGCCCUCGCCAAGUUCCCAAAACCCACUCAGCAAAGUUGCCAACCUCGACAGCCUAGCAGUGUCUAAGCAGCGAUGGGUUCAGUGUUGUGUGUGGUGAAUACUGUAUUUUGUUUCAGUUCUGUCUCCCAGAUAAUGUGAAAACGGUCCAGGAGAAGGCAGCUUCCUAUAUGCAGCGUGUGCUUUCUUAUUCUCAUUUUUAAUAUAUGACAGUUAUUUGAGAAGCCAUUUCUACUUUGAAGUCAUUAUCGGUGAAAGUGAUGUAUCUUCACCCACCAUCUUCCUAAUAAAGUUCUGUAUUCAAAUAUA